AUUACAGGAAUAUCAAACAAGCACAGUUGAAAGUUUUAAAAAAAGAUGUUUGAUUGAGGACUGGGAGAGAGAGGAAGGGACAUGAGAGGUGGCAGGGGGAGGGAGGGGGUGAGGAGAGAGAGGCAUAAAUGUGCAGAGAAGCCGCGGGCUGAGCCGUGCGAGCUGCUCCACCGCCGCCAUGCUGAUGGACAAGACCGAGCUGUGCUUUCCUGACCUCCACAACCUGACGUGCAGCAGAAGCGAGCGCGUGCGCUCCACGUUCCUCACCAGCCUGCUGUCCAGCAUGACCGCCGUCACCGUGCUCCUCAACCUGCUGCUCAUCGUCUCCAUCUCCCAUUUCAGGCAGAGACCCGUUUCUCUGCUUGUUGGUUCUGUUGGUCUCUGUGCCGUACAUGUGUUGCUAGAUCAACUUGUCCUCUUUCCAGAUGCUGCGUGAUGCGUUCAGUGUCGCUGUUCUCCUGUUGCAGGCAGCUCCACACAGCCACCAACUACCUUGUGUUCUCUCUGGCCGUCACAGACUUUCUUAUGGGUUUGCUGCAGAUGCCGACGGAGCUGCUCCUCUACCAGGGCUGCUGGCUGCACGGCGACGCGCUCUGUGUCGUUAACUUCCUAUUUGGGGAAUUCCUGGUCAGCGUGUCCAUAGGGAACAUGGUUCUGAUCUCCGUGGACCGCUACAUCGCCGUGUGUGAGCCCAUGUUCUACUCCACUAAGGUCACGGUGAAGCGGGUCCAGCUCUGCGUGUGUCUGUGCUGGCUGUUUUCUGCCGUGCACAGCAGCUGGAUGAUAAGAGACAUGUUCUCUGACGACCCAAAGUAUGAUCUGUGUUCUGGGGAGUGUGUCGUUGUGCUGCGCCUGUUUGAGAACGCUUUCGACACGGCGGUGACCUUCCUGGGGCCCAUCACUGUCAUCGUGCUGCUGUACAGCAGGGUGUUCGCGGUGGCCGUGGCUCAGGCUCAAGCCAUGCGCUCCCAAAUCGCUGCUUUCUCACUCAAGCGAUCGGAGGCCGUGAGGCCCAAGAAGUCGGAGCUGAAGGCGGCCAGGACGCUCGGGGUCGUUGUGGUCGUGUUCCUGUUUUGCUACAGUCCGCUUUGUCUCAUCACUGUUGGUAUUCUGAACAACCCGACGUGGGAACUAUCUACAACUCUGCAGUACUGGCUGAUUUACUGUAACUCACUCCUAAACCCUCUGAUCUACGCCUUCGUUUACCCCUGGUUCAGAAAGUCCAUGAAACACAUUGUGACGCUGCAGAUUCUGCAGCCAAACUCCUCUGAGACCAACGUGUUGAAGACGCUCACAUGACUGUGACUGAGAGUUAGUGUUUAAUGUGGAUCUGUGUGGAAUCAGAUGCUGAUGCGUCCUGCUUUAAAUGAAAUACAGCUGAAGAAUGAUUUUUUUUUAAAUAAAUGAGGAUAAAAACAAUGACACGUAAACAGUAUCAAUAUCAUCACACUGCACAUGUAUUAUUAUUUUGUUAUUGUUCAUAUACAACAUCUGGAUGGAACCUUUUUUACUGUAAUGUAAAGCUUGUGGCUUGUUAGAUUCAUGAUGGUUGAAAUGAGUCGGAUCAGUGGUGGGAAAAUGCUUUAUGAAAAUGAUUUAUU